AUGGAGUCACCGCCUUCGUUUUCGACUCACUCCGAAGCGCCCCCGUUAAGUGAAGAUAGUGGUUUGCUUAUUACUAGUGGUUCGUUUUCAAGUGAUUCCGCGAGUGGAUGGCAUCAUAUAACGUCGGAGGUAAAUUUACUACCCUCGUCCGAGACUCCACGAAGCAGAGUUUCGACUUCAGACAAAGUUUAUUCUGGUACUCAUCGACAACUGCCCGAGAAAUAA